UACUUGGCUGAACUGGAAGCUGAUGGAAUGUCAGGUUUUGAGCAGUUUCACUUUGACUUCUACCAGUCCAAUUACACCAUAGAUGACCAAGAAGGCUGCAGCAGUUAUGGGUCUAAUGAAAACCUCUGUGGAAGCAGAAAAGGACAGACAGGAGAGCAAUCCUCAGGCAGUGCUUUUGCCCCGUCAGAGAUGUUCCCAUACUCUGAGAGUUACACUGGUCAGAUUCUGCAGCCAACACACAGCCCUGACACUCUCUCUCACCUUACUUAUGCUGAUGGAUUUGAUGAGGAGCCUCCUUUGCUGGAAGAACUUGGAAUCAAUUUUGAGCAUAUAUGGCAGAAAACAUUGACAGUUCUAAACCCAUUGAAGCCUGCAGAUGGCACCAUUAUGAACGAAACAGACCUCACCGGACCUGUGGUCUUUUGUCUGGCCCUGGGAGCAUCACUGCUGAUGGCAGGAAAAGUUCAUUUUGGCUACGUGUAUGGCAUGAGUGCCAUCGGGUGUCUUGCUAUGCAUGCCCUACUGAACUUGAUGAGCACCUCAGGAGUCUCACAUGGCUGUGUUGCAAGUGUCUUGGGCUAUUGCCUGCUGCCCAUGGUGAUCCUCUCCUCUUCUGCAGUUUUCUUCUCACUACAGGGCACUCUGGGCACUUUGUUAGCUCUCUUUGUUAUUGGAUGGUGCAGUUUGUCAGCCUCCAAAAUUUUUACCUCUGCCUUGGCCAUGGAAGGACAACAGCUUCUGAUUGCCUACCCCUGUGCUUUGCUUUAUGGACUUUUUGCACUCCUAACAGUUUUCUGA